CCCAGACUCUCUGCCCCUAGAAUCGACUGGCAGCGCAGCCCCCCAACCUCGCACUGGUGUCGGAUGCGAGAGCUUGUGCUCAAGUGACUAAUAAACAUACCUUUAGAAUAUGGCUAAACAAAUACCAGAAUCUGAUCAGAUAAAACAGUUUAAGGAGUUUCUUGGAACCUACAAUAAACUUACAGAAACCUGCUUUUUGGAUUGCGUUAAAGACUUCACAACUAGAGAAGUGAAACCCGAAGAGACCACCUGUUCAGAACACUGCUUACAGAAAUAUUUAAAAAUGACACAGAGAAUAUCCAUGAGAUUUCAGGAGUAUCAUAUUCAGCAGAAUGAAGCCCUGGCAGCCAAAGCAGGACUUCUUGGCCAACCACGAUAGAGAAGUCCUGAUGGAUGGACUUUUGAUGAAAGACUGGCAGCAGCGGUUGCGAUGGAAGUGAGGAUUCAUCUUGAUAGAAUCCCAGGAAAGCAGCAGCCACCCUAUUAAACCAUCAGUCAUGACUUUGGCAAAUAGAAACAACUGGAGAAACAAAAUUGCUGUUUACUGAGAAUAAUCAAAAUAGAAGGUCUUAUUGUUCAAUGAAAAUAAUAAGAUGCAACAUUUGUUGAGGCCUUAAGAUUCAGCAGCUUGGUAAUUUCAUUAGAAAAAUAAACCAUUGU